CAGACCCAUCCAUCCCUGGUCGGUCAUUGUUUACGCGCUGCGGCGACUGACCAGUGACCAGAUCUCACUCCCACUGCUGCCACUCUCCUUCGCCUCGCGGUGCACGACUGCACGCGUCGCCGGCGCCCGAGCUUCUCCUCGCCGGGCCAGGUGCUGGGUUGUUCCUCCGCGGUCACCUCAAUCCGGCAGCAGAUCCAUCGUGUGCUAGCUAGAUCCAGAUCGACAACGCCGAGGAAAUAAUUAAUCUACUCUUCACCUGGCACGUCGAGUCGCCGGCGCCAGAGCUCCCACUUACCUUCUCUUCGCCAGGCAAGGCGCCGGGUUUACUUCGCGACCGCCACAGCCACUUCAGGCCGCAGCCGGAUCCACAUCCCGCGAGGUCCACAUCCACGACGCAGAGAAUAAAUCAAAUCCACUGUUCAUCGCCGGGGCGCUCCACCUGCACUGCCGAACCGAGCGAGCGAGCGAGCUGUCUCUGAGUUGCACCACAUUCAGGGUUCAGAUGCGCGACGCGGAGAAUAAAUCAAAUCCACUCUUCACCUGCACUGCGAGUCGAGCGAGCUGUGGCGUUGGGUUGCACCACAAUCUGGUUGUCGAUUUGUAGCUAGCUGUUUACUGUCUCCGCAUUCAGCAAAACCUUACCUCCACGCACAGUUGACUGGCCGAGCUCUGAGCUCGCAUGGCCAUGGAGGCGGCUCUCGUCAGCGUGGCCACGGGGGCCCUCAAACCCGUCAUAGGGAAGCUGACCGUUCUGCUCGGCAACGAGUACAAGCGUUUCAAGACAGUUCGCAAGGAGAUCAAGUCUCUCACUAAUGAGCUUGCCGCCAUGGAAGCUUUUCUCCUCAAGAUGUCUGAGGAUGAAGAUCCUGAUGUGCAGGAUAAGGUGUGGAUGAAUGAGGUGCGGGAGCUGUCCUAUGACAUGGAGGACGCCAUCGAUGACUUCAUGCAAAGCAUCGGUGACAAGGACGAAAAGCCAGAUGGCUUCAUUGAGAAGGUCAAGAACUCACUAGGGAAGUUGGGGAAGAUGAAGGCUCGCCGCCGGAUCGGCAAAGAGAUUCAGGAUCUGAAGAAACAAAUCAUUGAAGUGGGCGACAGGAAUGCAAGGUACAAGAGUCGUGAGACUGUCUCAAACACCAGAAAUGCGGCCGUUGACCCAAGAGCUCUUGCUAUCUUUGAGCAUGCCUCAAAGCUUGUUGGAAUCGAUGAACCCAAGGCUGAGAUAAUCAAGCUGUUAACAGAAGAGGAUGUUCGUGCUUUAGAGCAACAACAACAACAACAACUGAAGAUAGUCUCCAUUGUUGGAUCUGGAGGUAUGGGCAAAACAACUCUUGCAAACCAAAUGUAUCAAGAGCUCAAAGGACAAUACGAGUGCCGGGCCUUCUUAUCCGUGUCACGAAGCCCAAACAUCAUGAAUAUUCUGAGGACUAUUCUUAGUGAAAUUAGCGGUCAAGGUUAUUCUAACACGGAAGCAGGGAGUGUACAAAUACUCCUUAGCAAGAUCAAUGACUUCCUACUAGAUAAAAGGUACUUUGUUGUUGUUGACGAUAUAUGGGACGUGGAUACCUGGGAUAUUAUUAAGUGUGCAUUCCCUGCUACAAGUUCUGCUAGUAGAAUAAUCACGACUACUCGUAUAAACAGUGUCGCUCAUUCAUGUUGUUCAUCAUUCACUGGCUGUAUCUACAAUAUAAGGGCCCUUGAUAUGGUGCACUCAAGACAGUUAUUUCACAGAAGGUUAUUCAAGUCUGAUGAAAAUUGCCCUUCAUACCUUCAAGAAAUUUCUGAGCAGAUAUUGGAAAAGUGCCAUGGGUUACCUUUGGCGAUCAUUGCUAUAUCUGGUUUGUUGGCUAACAUAGAAAAAACAGAAGAUCUAUGGAAUCAAGUGAAAGAUUCAAUUGGCCGUGCACUUGAAAGAAAUCCUAAUGUCGAAGGAAUGAUGAAGAUAUUGUCACUUAGUUACUUUGAUCUGCCUCUUUAUCUAAAAACAUGUCUCUUAUAUCUGAGCGUAUAUCUAGAAGAUUCUAUUAUUAAUAAGAAGGGCCUGAUAAGAAGAUGGAUUGCUGAAGGAUUCAUUCAUAGAGAUGGUAAAUACACGGCAUAUGAGUUAGGAGAAAGGUGUUUUAAUGAACUACUCAAUAGGGGUUUGAUCCAGCCUGGGAGGACAGAUAUCUAUGGCGAAGUGAAGAGUUGUCGGGUUCAUGACACAAUUCUUGAUUUCAUCAUAUCCAAGUCCAUAGAAGAGAACUUCGUUACUUUACUUGGUGUUCCCAAUCUGACAAUUGGGAACGAAAGCAAAGUUGUUCGACGACUCUGUCUACAAGGUGUAAAGGAAGGAAAUUCAACAGGUCUCGUGUUAUCCCAUGUCCGAUCACUUAUUGUGGUUGGAGAUCUUGUGGAAAUCCCUUCUCUGGAGGAGUUCAGGCAUCUGCGUGUUCUCGACUUGAUGGAUUGCUCCCAAUUGGAAGAUCAUCAUCUUGAAAAUAUAGUGAGGUUGUUCCAGCUGAGGUACCUAAGUCUCAAAGGUGCAGAAAUAAGCAAGCUCCCAGAACAAAUCGGGCGUUUAGGGUGCUUAGAGAUUCUGGACCUAAGACGCACUCGUGUAAGGGAAUUGCCCGCAUCAGUUGUUAAUCUCAGAAGAUUGUCGCAUCUACUUGUUGACGAGGAUGUUAAAUUUCCUGCUGGGAUUGCAAAGAUGCAAGCACUAGAGACGUUGGAAGAUGUCGAUGCCUCCAUUCAGCCAUUAGACUUCCUGUGCGGCCUUGGUCAACUAAUGAAUUUGAGGAAUCUGCAGAUUGACCUUGGUUUGAGGAAUCUGCAGCACAACAAAGCUAUUGUCUCCUCCCUGUGUAAGCUAGGCACCCAGAAUCUCCGCUCCCUGACUAUUCAUGCAGGGAACAACCUCUUACAUGAGGAAUCUUUGUGCCUACGUACCUUCGAGGAUCUUUCUUUCUCUCCUUCGGCCUUCCCACAGGUUCCGACAUGGGUGGGCUCCCUCAAAAACCUCCAACGGCUAAGCCUUAUUGUGGAGGCGCUCAAGCAGGACGACCUCUGCAUCCUUGGAGCGUUACCCAGUCUGCUGAUUCUGGAUCUGGCGGGACAAACAGAGUCAAACAGAAAGCUCAGAUUCAGUGGUGAAGUUGGGUUCCGACUCUUGAAGAUUUUUAUUUAUGGUGGAUGGAUUAACUCAGUAGAUCUGAUGUUUGGGACAGGGUCCAUGCCAAAGCUAGAAAAAGUCGAGCUUAAUUAUAUUCGCAUAGUUGAAGCGAACUCUCUUGGCUUUGGAAUUGAGAACCUCCCUUGCCUCACUAGUGUCAAAUGCAUUGGUGUUAAGGGUGAUGAUGACAUAGUUGAAGCCGUGAAGACCGUCAUGGAGAGAGGAGUCAGCACACAUCCCAACCACCCUAGUCUACUCUUUCAGAGACUUCGCCGGUUCUGAAGUUUAAUAGUGUUUGGCUCGAUUCAUCUCUCUUUUAUGAUACACUAUUCUCUCUGUCGGAUAAUAAUGUACUAUGGAUAAUGAUAAAAAAUUGUAGAACUGGUUUAGACUGCGACUGUAGUGCAUUUUAUGUAAUAAUCAGUCAUCCAUUCGUAGGUCAUUCUCUAGUUGUCAUCCUCUUUGGCAAGUCAUCAUUCUGUAUAUAUACUGGUAAUACACUUCUCCUUUGCUCUUUUAUCCA